CGAUUUUCCUGCCGUCAAGGUGUAGCAGCUGCCUGCAACAACGAAGUGAAAGUAAACCGGACGAUAACAUUUGGAUAUGUGGUCUGAGGAGAAAGAGUUGUACAUGAAAAUAAAUAAAUAAUUAUGUAAUGCAUCUAACUCAGAAGUCUUACACAAAGAGGGGCAUGCUUCAGCUAUUGUUGAUACAUCUUGUCUGACCUGUCAAAGAUGGAUGAAGUGAUGGAUUCUCAAAGAAGUGUGACUGCUGAGGUCGAGCCAGAGGAUUUAAAGAAUGAUGUUCCAAAAACAGACUUCGCAGAUGGAAAAGAUGAACUCUUUUGUGAACCAGAAAAGCAUGACACUACAAAAGACUGUGUGCUAAUAGUGAACACACAAGAUGACGCCUCAUCUCAGAAGUCGAUGGACUGUGGGUCUGCAGGUGGGCUGGAUGAAUCUGUCCCUGCAGGCAACAGAAGUGACACCGCUCAAACACACUGUUCUAAUGGGCAGAAAUCUAAGAGGCCCAGUUCACCUGGUCCUCACCCUGUUAAAACAACCUGUGUUGCUGCACACUCUCCAAAUUCAAAACUCACCCUCUGUCUUAGCAAUAGUCCCAGGAAGGGUAUAAGUACGCCCAGUGAUGUGGAGAUGCAGAGUCCAGACAGCUCUAAAACCAUGCUUGUCAACAACUCUGCAGACAAGAAUCACGGUGGCAGUGCUUGUGCAGAGGACUCUGGCUUGGUGAAGGCUCAGGUAAUGGAAUCUCAGCAGUUUGUUAAAGACUCUGAUUCUGGAUGUUCGGCUAAAGACAGAGUCCAUCUGGUUGCCAUGGGAGCUGAGGAUGCUGAGACAGCAGCUGAGUGCAGUGGCUCAUCUCAUAAUAGCCAGAACUUAAUUGGAAGCCAGUCAGGUGCAAUUUUUGAAAGUGUUUCAUAUACAUCGCAUAACAUGGACAGAGGAUGGCUGGGGACACCUAUAGAUGAGCUGAACAGAAUGCCCCAGUGUGCCCCCCCCCUGUCACACCUGAAAGUAGUGCCUAACCACACUGUCACAGUCAGGACAGAUCUCCUCAGAGAGGGAGCGGCCCCUGUCUCGUACCCCUCCAAGUUCAAAGAUGCAUGGGAUGAUGUGUCUGUGAAGAUGCCCUGCUCUGAGAAGAAUCUGUUUCCUAUGGAGACUGAGGAUGGAGGUGGUGUCCAAAGUCGGUGGGAGCUGAUCCACACUGCCCUGCAGGGAGGGUUCAAGAGUUCUCUGGAUGUGACGGAUGCAAUAUUGAAAUACAACACAGCCUAUGCAAAGAAAUGGGACUUCACUGCCCUGAACCUUCUUUGCACAGAGUGUCUUGAGCAUUGCAAGGUACAACAACUGUUUGAGGUCAUACUACCAGCUAUGGUUGACCUAGCACUUAGUGCUCCUCGCCUCUGCACAAUGCCAAUUCCCCUACUGAAGUCAAGGAUGAACCAUUCCCUGACUCUGUCUCAGGAGCAAAUAGCCUGUCUUCUGGCUAACGCCUUCUUCUGCACAUUCCCCCGACGCAACUCCCGCAAGUCAGAGUACUGCAAUUAUCCUGAGAUCAACUUCUACAGGUUAUUUGAAGGUUCUUCACCAAGAAAAAUUGAGAAAUUGAAAACUCUGCUGUGUUACUUCAUGAGAGUUACACAGACCAAGCCCAAGGGUCUGGUUACAUUCACAAGACAAACAUUGAACAAUCCUCCAAACUGGGAAAGUUCCCAGACUCAGCUGACGCGCCUUCAUAUCACUUAUGAUGGGACGAUUGAGGAUGAUGGAUACGGGAUGUUGCAGGUGGACUUUGCAAACAGGCUUGUAGGUGGAGGAGUAACAGGACAUGGACUAGUGCAGGAAGAGAUCAGGUUCCUCAUCAACCCCGAACUCAUUGUCUCUCGCCUCUUUACAGAAGCUUUGGAAUACAAUGAAUGCCUCAUCAUCACUGGCACUGAACAGUACAGUAAAUAUUCUGGCUAUGCUGAGAGUUACAAAUGGGAGGGAGACUACAAAGAUGAGACUCCAAGGGAUGACUGGCAGAGAAGAUGUACAGAGAUUGUGGCCAUUGAUGCUCUGAGAUACAGGCACUUCCUAGAGCAGUUUCUCCCUGAGAAGAUGAUCAGAGAACUCAACAAGGCAUACUGUGGAUUCUUCCGAAGUAACACCAACAGCAAGCACCUCUCUGCAGUAGCCACAGGCAACUGGGGUUGUGGAGCUUUUGGUGGAGACACACGACUCAAAGCACUGAUUCAGCUGAUGGCUGCAGCAGAGGCUGGGAGAGACGUGGCGUACUUCACGUUUGGAGAUGCUCAGCUCAUGAAAGAUGUUCAUGAAAUACACACUUUCCUCACCGAGAGACAUGUCACCGUCGGGAGGCUGUACAACCUUUUGAACCAGUACUCCAGUUUGGUGUGUAAGAACUGCCGCACGACUCGACCUGACGUCAGCCUCUACAGUUUCAUCCAUGAGAAAGUCUCUUCCCCCAUGACCGCCGAUGCCCCGGACUCUGCCAAGAUGUCCCCUGUAACAUCGGACUCUCAUUAACACGGGAAGAGCUGCAUCUUAACCCCCCUCCCACUGUCUCGACGUGUAAAAGAGACUCCAGGUUCAGAAACCUCAGUGUCCUCUCAGCCUUGUGCUUACAAUCAUUUUUUCUCUCUCACACACACUCCCUUUAAGUUUGUGAUCCCAACACACAAACUACCAAAACACAGUUUUGCCUUUCAGGUUGGUGGUAUUUUAGGAGCCUUGUAGUGUGUCACCAAAUGUGGUGAAAUGGCUCAGAGACUUAUAGCAAUAGUAAAUCCUAGUUGCUGUUUGGAUUUUCUUUAGUCUAAAUGUGAUGUGAAAUUCUUUUGUUUUUACACACUAUUUACAAAUAUGGUCAAAUAUUCAUCAUAUGCAUGGUUGUGGACAAUUUUUGUUAUUGAUGAUCCAGGACAUGAUAAUCCUCCCUAGUUAUCUUGUCCUAUAAUAUUGUGUUUGCUACUUUUUUAGAUGAGUUGUCUUCUCUAUUUACCAUACCCAGGCAGUGGUGAGGUUCCUGAAUGCAGAGAGAUGAAAUGCCAUUCUGUAGUCUAUGCAUGUGUAUUAUUUAUUUAUCAAAUAUUCUACAAAUAUAUGCUGCUCUUUCAUAUCCUCUAGGAUGUCGAUGUGCAACACACAUAUUGUCCUUGAGGCUUAUUUUAAUGAGUCAUAAAAUGGUCACUGGCAAGAGAAUCAUCUCAGAUGAAACAGAUACAAGGGAUGAAUGGUCAUUUUCAUCUUAGACCAUUGAUUCUAUUCUGAGUAAUUUAAUCAUUAUCAAUUAUAUUCACUGUUAAGCACAGUAUUGCUACUGUAUAUCCAAAUAAAGGGGAGCGCAGAUAAAGAAAGAAUUGCACGCAAAAUAGUUUUGUUAAUGUUUUUACUCAACAAUUACUUUGAGGCUGUGGUUUUGUUUUUCAUUAUUUACUGUAUUUUCUGAUAGACAGUGUUCUAUUUAAUAAUGGGUUCAUAGAUAGAUUAAAGGUUGUAACUGUAUUGCAUAGUACUGGACAUUAGGUUUUUUUGGUUGUACUCUUUUUAUUAUGAUUUCUUAAUUAAAGGUAUAUCCUGUUAAAAUUGAAAA